AUUAUUUUGCUUCUGUUAGUGGAGUGCCGUGGCUUUCUCUUUGUUUCUUCACUUCUAAACUCGUUUGUUUUGUUUGGUUUUGCUAAUUAUAAAAUUUCUGGUUCUCACAUCUAUCUGUUUUUCUUACUCAUUUUCUCUCGAGAAAUCUUUAUCUGCUCUUUCCCUGGGGUGUUUGUCUUGGUUGAAAUUUUUUUCUUGGAAAAAAUAAAGAUGAAGGAAAGUGUGGAAAACCCUCUUCACCUGAAAUCUUUGAACCAUAUCUCCCUUGUGUGUAGAUCAGUUGAGGAAUCCAUUGAAUUCUACCAGAAAAUUCUUGGGUUUGUUCCCAUCAGGAGGCCUGGAUCAUUUGACUUUAAUGGGGCAUGGUUGUUUGGAUAUGGGAUUGGGGUACAUCUUCUACAAUCAGAUGAUCCAGAGAACAUGCCAAAGAAAAAGAAAAUCAAUCCCAAGGACAACCACAUUUCUUUCCAGUGUGAGAGCGUGGGGGCAGUGGAGAAGAAGCUGAAGGAGAUGGACCUGGAAUACGUGCGGGCAAUCGUGGAAGAAGGUGGGAUCUAUGUUGAACAACUGUUCUUCCACGACCCAGAUGGGUUCAUGAUUGAGAUCUGCAACUGUGAAAAGCUACCAGUGAUCCCACUGGCAGGUGAGAUGGCUCGAUCAUGCUCCCGAGUGAAUCUGCAAUUGCUGCAGAAUCAACAGAUACAGCAAGUGGUCCAGCAGUAAGAGCACACCUGCAGCAGCAGAGCUGAGUCAUUUGACAACCAUAUGCUUUGUUUUUGUCAUGCUUUUAUCUAUGUAUAUUCUAUGUGCAAGUACUACUUUUAUUAAUUUUGCAAUAAAGACAAGGCAGAAGUGAUCAUUUUGUGAGCUUAUUUUAAUUAAUUAAGAAAUGGACUCUAUUCUCCAAAGUUUUCUUUAUGUAGUAAUUAUGUAUGUUCCAAAGUGUUUAUGGACACUUUUAAAGAUUGAAAAAAAAAAAA